UCCUGCUCACAGGCCGCGGCGGCUCCGCCCUCGGCGCGGCCCUUGGCCUUUGUCACCGCAAACCUGCCUCUUGAGACACCUUCCCGGCAGUGGGAACCGUCCUAUCCCGCCCCUGGUUAGGCCAAGGGAGUGACACUUUGAAUUCCUUCACCUCCCUUCACUAACAGACAACCCCACGGGAAUCUCAAGCAGGCUGCAGGCCUUUCUCAGUUCUCGAUUAAUCUUCGAAGACAUUCCUUCCGUCCUAGUCCGGAGGAGUGGCCCAGUAAAAUGAAUGAGUUUUUAAAAUUCUGGAUAAGAACAAGAAAGAGGAAGUGGAACCUGUGUUAAAUCAUCCUAAUGUUCUUGUAUGUGUGGGAAGAGAGCAGAGAUACUGGAUAACUUUAAACUUUCUUAAGGGGACAUCAGUCUUCGUUUUAUUAAGGGCUUCAAACUAAUAGGAUGAUGCCCACCCACAUUAUGGAGAGUAAUCUUCUUCACAGAAAUAAUGCCAUUUGCAGUGACAUGGAUGGACCUAGAGAUUGUCAUACUGAGUGAAAUGAGGAAACUGAAGACCCGAGGAGGUGAAAAGACUUGUUUAAGAGAGUACACAGAUUUGCUCAAGAUUCCCUGUCUACCCCUGCACCGCCAGGAGGACAGUAAAGCCUUGCAGAGGCUGCAUCAGCUGCUACUUUCUCAUUUCUUGUUUGCUGUGUGGACAGGCAUUGCAGCUGUGGUGACUGACGGUUAUUGGUUGCCUAGUUACAAAUUAAAGUCUUCCUGGGCCACGGGCCUGCAUCUCUCUGUCUUGUUUGGUCACGUGGAAUGUCUUCUGGUGCUACUGGACCACAAUGCUACAAUCAACUGUAGACCUAAUGGGAAAACCCCUCUUCAUCUGGCUUGUGAAAUGGCCAACUUGGAUUGUGUUAAGAUUCUCUGUGACCGUGGAGCAAAGCUCAAUUGCUACUCCUUAAGUGGACACACAGCUUUACACUUCUGUACAACUCCAAGCUCCAUCCUGUGUGCCAAGCAACUGGUUUGGAGAGGGGCGAACGUGAACAUGAAGACCAACAACCAGGAUGAGGAGACGCCUUUGCACACGGCUGCCCACUUCGGCCUCCCGGAGCUGGUGGCCUUCUACGUGGAGCACGGGGCCAUAGUGGACAGUGUGAACGCCCACAUGGAGACCCCACUGGCUAUCGCAACCUACUGGGCCCUCCGCUUUAAAGAGCAGGAGUUCAGCAGGGAGCAUCACCUCAUCUGCCGCAUGCUGUUGGACUACAAGGCCGAGGUCAACGCCCGGGAUGACGACUUUAAAACUCCGCUCCACAAGGCAGCCUGGAACUGUGACCACGUGCUCAUGCACAUGAUGCUGGAAGCUGGCGCAGAAGCCAAUCUCAUGGAUAUCAAUGGCUGUGCUGCCAUCCAGUAUGUGCUGAAGGUCACCUCCGUGCGACCUGCCGCCCAGCCUGAGAUCUGCUACCAGCUGCUGUUGAACCAUGGGGCGGCUCGAAUAUACCCUCCACAAUUCCACAAGGUGAUACAGGCUUGCCAUUCUUGUCCCAAAGCAAUCGAAGUUGUCGUCAAUGCCUAUGAACAUAUCAGGUGGAACGUAAAGUGGAAAAGAGCUAUCCCUGAUGAUGACUUGGAGAGAUACUGGGAUUUUUACCACUCUCUCUUCACUGUGUGCAGUAACUCUCCAAGGACUCUCAUGCAUUUAUCAAGAUGUGCCAUUCGAAGAACGUUGCACAGCAGAUGUCACAGAGUAAUUCCUUUGCUUUCCCUCCCAUUGUCAUUGAAAAAGUACUUGCUUUUAGAGCCAGAGGGAAUCAUUUAUUAAGCCUUAUGAGACAGGAGAUCCCAAUUCUAGAUGUUUAAGUGGACUCGCUGAGUAGACACAGUUUGCAUAAAUAAAAUGGUACUUGGGUUGAUUAUAACACUUCAGGGAUUUAAAAACACUUUACAAACACUAUGUCAUUAAUCCUAGAAUAUCACGGUGAGGGGAAAUAAACGAGAUAAAGUUAAGGUAGUCUCAAAAACAAGAGCGUAUCCAGAAGGUCCUGACAUAACAAUAAUAAUUAAUAUGUAUAGUGCUCUUACUUGGUGCCUGCUAUAAUUUUAUAAGAUUUUUCAUAUGUUAUCUCAUUUGAAAUGGGACCCAGGUUUUCUUACAACCAAUUUCAUCCUCUCCCUUAUCAGUAAUAAGUUUACAUUACCGUUCAGUUGGCAAAAUGCUAGGCAUUAGGAUGGGCCUCUUAAUCUUGGUGUCCUCCACCCACUCCCACUUAGCAGAAAUUACUAUGGCUAGUUUUGCAAACUCCUUUCCAUAUACUAAGCUCCUCAACUUACUUUUAGUGGAGAAAGCACGAGCAUACUCAAAACAAAGAAAUCUUUGAGUCAAAUUAGAAAUGAAAAACAAAGAUCAGUCCACUUGAAAGUCAAAAUGGACAUUUGAACACUCUCAUUGAACCAAAGACUGGAGAUGCAAAGAUGAGUCCGAAGCGAGGACUCCUGCCCUCCAGGAUCUCACCAUUUCGCAGAGGAUCCGGACAUAUAAGCAGGGAACUGCAGUGUCAGAUGUCAGAGGCAAGAGUAGAGGUGCAGAUUCAUUCUUAAUGCUUGCCUUUCAAAGUCGUGUUUCUGACAUGAAGUGCGGUUUUCUUUGAAGCAUGAUGAUAAAGAGUGAAGGGAUCGUGUGUAGUAGAGAGAUCUCCGGCUGCUAUGAGUGUAAAUGUAAAUGUAUUCACUUUAAGUUUCCAGGCACAUGUACUUAUUUUUAUUUUAGAAUGAUUUCGUGCGUAGUGCUUUCCCAGACUCCCUGGGGAAAAAUUGCACACUCAGUGGCUCCCAUGUGUGUGUGACAAGGAAGUUUAGGAAAAUGUGUGCAAGGAAACGUGCGAAGGGAAAGACUUAGGUUGAUUACUUUGGUCUUUUUAUGUAACAGACUGACAUUUCAGAGCAUUUUGGCUAGAAGAUAAGGGGCACUUUGCUGGUGAUGGCCAGCUGCAGAAAGCACAUGGAAAGACUUUUUGAAAAUGGUAAAAGUUUGAGAAACUUGGAAAGACUAGUGUGUUAAUCAGGUUUGUUAGCAGUUUGCAGAAAGAGAAACGUAGAUAAUUAACCUCUGGACCUCAUGGUUUAUGAGGCCAACUUCGCUUCACUUUUUGUUCUUGCUAAUCACUUUUAGAUAAGCUCAUUGACUCUUAGCAUUGCCUUUUAGAGGUUACAGCAGAAGUAAUUAAGCACAAACAAAUCUAUUUGCCAGUUAUGAGCAGGGGUUUUUUUUUGGUGGUUGUUGUUGUUGUUUUUGUGGUGUGUGUGUGGUUCUCCAUCUUGUUUAACCUUAGAUGCUUGAGUUUGCAGUAGAGAUGAUGUCAAAUAUUCCACUAGCCUGACACGUAGACUCUGCUUCACAUACUGGGAUUUGCAUAUUCCUGGUGCCAUGUAGGAAAAAUCAUAAGUGGAUACAAUAAUCUUUCUGAAGUAUCAGUUCUACUCAGAUAUUUUGGGAGAAAUAUUUUAUACUAAAAUAAGAUCUGUAUUAUGGAAUAGAAUACUGUAUUUGUAUGAACCAUUCAUAUAAAAUAUGAUCCUUCAAAAAACUGUUUGCUUACAGCAAGUGGUGUUAGAACACAUUCUAGAAUGCCAGUCAGAGGUGCUGGGAGAGGAUGUUCCUUGCAUGGGGAAGUAACAUAUCUCAGUUGGCCUGCUGUGCUUAAACAUUCUGUGCUAAUCUAGCAUGUGGUACAGGACUACUUGCUUUGAAUGGUUUAUUUGUGGAUUUAAAGUUAUUUCUCCUCAUCUUUGAACUUUC